AUGGACUUCUCCAUGGGGCUGCCGGACGCGGCAAGCACCGCUGAUAAGGGCCGAAGGAGGAGCAAGAAGGACCAAGCCAAUGACGACAACAACAAGAAACGCAGAUGUAUCUCCAGCGCCUGUGUGCCCUGCCGCAAGAGGAAGAGCAAGGUGAGCUUGGCCUACUGUCUGCUCAUCCAGUGCGACGGAACAACACCUGCGUGCUCCGCCUGCGCCGCCGUAUACAACACGCCUUGCGUUUACGAUCCCAACUCGGACCAUCGCCGCAAGGGCGUCUACAAGAAGGACAUUGAGGGCCUCAAGACGCGCAACUCGACCCUGCAGACCCUCAUCCAGGCCAUCCUGAACUACCCCGAAGACGACGUCGCCCCGCUCGUCCAGCAGAUACGAACAUGCGAGAGCCUGGAUGCUGUCGCCGAGGCCAUCAUCGCCAAGGAGAACGGCGAGGAUGUCGACGAUGAGGAGGUCAGCCCGCUACAGACGCCCGUCGCCCAAACCACGUUUGAGAGCCAGCUGAGCGGGAAGAUGGGCGAGCUGAGGCUCCAAGACGGGUCCACGAGGUACAUUGGGGGUACAUCGCAUUUAAUAUACAUGGGCGCGGGUGACGGCGACACGGAUUCUUCGCAAUCGCUCGUGGGUGCGGAUCAGUACGAUCAGACCGAGGACCCGUUGACGUCGUGGACAAAUGUUACCACGGAUCCGGAGCUCGUUCGGCAUCUUAUCAAUAUGUACUUCUGCUGGCAUUACAGCUUCUUCACUACGCUGUCGAAGCACCUCUUCAUGAAGGAGUUUCAGCUGGGGAAGCCACCGCCCGGGUCGAGACGGAAGGCGGAAUACUGCACGCCAUUGCUUGUCAAUGCCAUGCUCGCGCUUGGCUGCCAUUUCACAUCGUGGCCGGGCGCAAGGGCUGUACGGGACGACUCGUCAACGGCAGGAGACCACUUUUUCAGAGAGGCGAAACGGCUGAUACUGGAAGAUGACCUCCACGAGGUGCCUGCUUUGACAACCGUGCAAGCGCUGGCGCUCAUGUCUGUUCGGGAAGCGGGUUGCGGAAGAGAAGCAAAGGGGUGGGUGUACAGCGGCAUGAGCUUCCGCAUGGCGUGCGACCUGGGGCUGAACAUCGAUAUGACGAGUAAAAGUAAGAUUGAGGAGACAGAGGAAGAUGCGAGAAGAAUAACGUUCUGGGGCUGCUUCUUGUUCGAUAAGUACGUUCUCUUGAUGUCCUGGGUAGGGGGAAAUGCUGACUUUAGUAGAUGCUGGUCCAAUUAUCUCGGAAGACUACCACAGCUGCCUAGGGCGAUUGUGACAGUUCCUAAGCCUGAAGUCUUCCCGACAGAAGACGCGGAAAUCUGGUCUGCAUACACAGAUUCCGGUGUUAGCCAGGCGCAUUCACAGCCUUCGCGGACACGAGCGGUACGUCAAGACCGUAUGUAG